AUGCCGCACCGGGAGAGUAGAGAGAGCAGGGAUAGCAAUGGUGCGUCCACCUCAGGAACGUCCGCUCGCCCGACCACUAGCUCUGGCUCCAGCAGAGGCGCUCCUCCAGGGCGACCAAUCCGUUUCCGUUCAUCGUUGAAGAAUACCAUCUACGACGUUCUCAAAGCAAGAGGAUGGGUCGAAGUAGAUGGCGAUACGGACUGGGACUUCUUUUGGGCGGACGUGGGCUGGGUCCACGAAAUGAUGGACCACCUGCACCUGCAGGACCACCAGCGCAUCAACCAUUUUCGCAACCACUACGAACUGACCCGAAAGGACCUGCUCAUCAAAAACCUGAAACGAACCAAGAAACAACUAGAGCGGGAGGACAAGGCCGUCGAGGCCGCAAAGUACGACUUCUUUCCGAGCACAUAUGCCCUCCCGGCCGACUACGGCAUGUUUGUGGAAGAGUUUAAGAAGAUGCAAGCGUCAGGUCAGCAGAUUGUGUACAUAAUGAAGCCGGUCGGUAAGGCCCAGGGCAAAGGAAUCUUUCUCUUCACCAAGCUUAGCGAGAUCAGCGAUUGGAAAAAGGAUCACAAGUGGAAGUCGGAGAACCCGCAGGCGGAGAACUACAUCGUCCAACGGUACAUAGAUAAUCCGUAUCUGGUGGGGGGGAAGAAGUUCGACAUGCGGAUAUACGCUAUGGUCGUCUCGUACGCGCCUUUAAAGAUUUACCUGUAUAGAAGCGGGUUUGCGCGCUUCUCCACUACUCGCUUCAGCAUGCGCAAGGAAGACAUCGUGAAUAACUACAUUCACCUGACCAACGUGGCGAUACAGAAGAACGCGCCCGCAUAUGACCCGUCCAAGGGCAUGAAGUGGCUGCUCGGCUCCCUCAAGCAGUACCUGGUGACCCGCCACGGGCAGAAAGCCGCGGAUGACGUCUUCCGUGACAUCAGCAUGAUCAUCGUGCGCGCCAUCCUGGCCGUCCAGAACGUCAUCAUCCAGGACAAGCACUGCUUCGAGCUGUACGGCUAUGACGUCAUGAUCGACGACAACCUGAAGCCGUGGCUCCUCGAGGUCAACGCCUCCCCCAGCCUCACCGCGGACACACGGGAAGACUACGACCUCAAGAUCGGCAUGCUCGACGACAUGUUGACCCUCGUUGACUUGGAGCACAAGCUGCCACCUGGCAGCACGCCAGAGCAGGUGGGCGGCUUCGACCUGAUGUGGCACCAGGGGCAGCUCGUCAGGCCCGGCGGCAAGCUGACGUCACUCUGGACCAUGCUCGGCUGUCACAACGACAGGCAGAAGCAGCUGAAGAAGCUCUUCGCGGCAUCGAAAUGA